AUGUCCGAAGGCAUUAGAAGAGCCCGUAGCGUUCAGCUGAAAUACCUAGCCACACUGCACCAGAUAGGGAAACCGCUCGAGGAACCGAUUGUGGGCAGACACUUUAAGCUUCCGGAACGUCCACGGCCGGCAGAACAUCCCGUGUUCGAUCUGUCACUGCUAUAUAUACCCAUCUACUGUCACCUGGUGCUUCAUCCGCCGGAAGAGAUUGUACGUCCACCGACGCCGGAUUUAAUAAUACGAGCACGCAUGGAGAAGGCGGUCGAAAAUUGGAUGGAUUGA